ACGACGGCCGCCGGCGGCUCCAUCAUCAUCCGCUCCUCCAUCGCCGGCCUGCGCGGCUUCCCCAACCUCAUCUCGUACAGCGCCAGCAAGUUCGCCCUGCGCGGCAUUGCCCUCACCGCUGCCGAGGAGCUCGGCCCCCUCAACAUCCGCGUCAACACCAUCCACACCAGCAUCAUCCAGACCCCCGGCUACAAGGACGGCUGGAGCAAGGAGAAGCUGGCCGAGCUCAAGGAGGAGACUGCCCUCGACCGCUUCAGCAGCCCCGACGACGUGGCCAGCGUCGUCGCUUUCCUCGUCAGCGAAGACAGCAAGUUCAUGACCGGCGGCCACCUGAAGAUUGACGGCGGCUGUGUCGCUGUCUAG